GUAUAAUGGAUAUAGCUAUAGAAUGAACAAAAUCUAUAGCAACUUUCUGAAAGUGAUUGUUGCCUGUAAAAAAUACAAGAAAGUGUCAUAAUGAAACAAUUUGUGGAUUUCAGCGUAAGAUUCUGGGUAGGAUGAUUUCAAGUUUUAUCAAUCUUUUUUUUUUAUUUUUUUUUAAACCAAACCUUAUUAUUUACUGUGCAAAACUUUAACUUUGUUAAAAAGCACUUUAUAUACUAUGUAAAGCCCUGUUAUUUCUGUCACCUGUGUCUCAUAUUUUCGGUUUCUGCAGCUGUUGGGGGGGGUCUGUCUGCUUGAGGUUUUCAGGGUGGAUCCAAAUUUGAAAAAAAAAAAAAUUGCAAUGAUCUUCAUGGUGAUUGAUUUGCAAAAAAGAAAAUUGAGUGCUGUCAUGUGUGCCAAUUGCGCUUGUCACUUAUAGUAUACAUCAGCCUAAGCGACAGGACUAGUGAUAGUAAUCUUGUCUAUCUGACAUGUCAACUAAAGAAUAACAGAAGCAGAUAACUAAAAUCCACCAAGCCUGCAUUAUGCUGAAUAAGACACAGUCUUAUCUGUUUGUGUGUAAAUAUGAUUGGAGCUGUAAGUAUUUAUGUGUGGUAUUGAUCUGUCCUUUGUUUCUACAUGAAAAAGUUAAUUCUUUAAGCUUCUUUAAUGGGUUCAAUAUUUGUAGGUGUUUGCAUCUUACUUCCCGAGUUUAAGAAAGAAGACUGAAAACCUCUGAGCCAAAGAUUUUCCAAAGGAACAGAAAAGGGGAAUUUGCAUCUGGUGAGGCUUCUGCUGUAGAAUGUACAAGGACUACAGAGAUAGUCGAAUCACAGGACUCAACGCUCUUCCCUUUGAUCCGGCGACCAACAACGACCCUCUUCAGUUCAACGGUUCCAGCGGGCCUCUGGUGACUGAAUGUGUUGCCCUGGAAAACACUGCUGAAAACAGUAAGAAAAGGAAGAGAACAACCCUCCCUCAAGAAGGCGUCUGUAACAUGACCAUGGACUCCAGCUCAAUGACCAUGCCUAUGUCAGAUCCCAAUGCCUGGGCAACAGCCAUGAACAACUUGGGAAUGCCUCCAAUGGGAUUGACAGGACAGCCACUUAUGCCAGAUUUUGACCCUAAUCUUGGCAUGAUGGCUGGAAUCACACCUAUGAACCCCAUGAUGCCCGGCCUUGGUAUGGUCCCCGCACCGCUCUCCCAGGACAUUCCUGUGAUUAAGGAGAUCAUUCACUGCAAGACUUGCACUCUAUUUCCUCCCAACCCCAACCUCCCCCCUCCUGCCACGAGAGAACGUCCUCCGGGAUGUAAAACGGUCUUCGUUGGGGGACUCCCCGAGAACGCCAAUGAGCAGCUUAUCAUGGAGAUCUUUGGGCAGUGCGGCGAUAUCACAGCGAUACGCAAAAGCAAGAAGAACUUCUGUCACAUCAGGUUUGCAGAGGAGGGCACCGUGGACAAGGCUCUCUUCCUCUCUGGGUACCGGAUCCGUUUGGGCUCCAGCACAGACAAAAAAGACUCGGGUCGGCUUCACGUGGACUUUGCCCAGGCCAGAGAUGACCUGUACGAGUGGGAGUGUCGCCAGCGCAUGUUGGCCAGAGAGGAGCGUCACCGCCGCAAGAUGGAGGAGGACCGGCUCCGCCCGCCGUCCCCUCCACCAAUUGUCCACUAUUCUGAGCACGAGUGCAGCCAGCUGGGAGACAAGAUCAAAGACGACGGCAAGUUUGCAGAAGCGGUGCGUGUUCUCCUGACCUGGCUGGAACGAGGCGAGGUCAACCGCAGAAAUGCCAACAACUUCUACUCCAUGAUCCAGUCCUCCAACAGCCACAUCCGCCGACUGAUGGGCGAGAAGAGUCAGCACGAGAAGGAGAUGGAAGAGGCAAAGGAGAAGUUCAAGACUGCGCUGGCUGGCAUUCUGGCACAAUUUGAACAGAUUGUGUCUGUAUUCCAAGCUGCUUCCAAACAAAAGGCAUGGGACCAUUUCUCCAAAGCUCAGCGGAAGAACCUGGACAUGUGGCGCAAGCAAGCAGAGGAGAUCAGAAACAUGCACAACGAGCAGCUGAUGGGCAUCAGACGAGAGGAAGAGAUGGAAAUGUCUGAUGAUGACAUGGAGGACCUUCCUGACAGCAAGGACUCUGAGGACUCAGGUGUUUCUCAAGCAGAAGCCUUAAAGGAGGAGAACGACUCGCUGCGCUGCCAGCUGGACGCCUACAGAAACGAAGUCGAGCUGCUCAAGCAGGAGCAAGGCAAGAACCAGCCAAUCAGGAGCGAGGAGGACAGCACUCACUCGCAGCAGCUCAGCUUCCUGCAGCAGGCUCUGCAAGGCAUGCAGAAGCAACUGCUAAAAAUGAGGGAAGAGUUGAAACAGCGGGAGGCCGAGCUGCAGAAGAGCUCAGAGGACAAGCAGCAGCUGAAGACACAAGUCCAGAACCUGAAGGAGGGUCUGCAGAAACUGCAAAGCGCACAAGCAACACAGCUGGAGACGCUGAAGCAGGACGAUCGAGGCGGCGAGGAGAGCGUCAAUCAAAGCAGCGAGGUCACGGUGGUGUCCUGCAGUCAGGAGAAGGAGGGUCCCACAGAGAAAACCCCGCAGAGUCCCGUCCAUUCAGAGAGGGAAGCUCUGCUAGUCGGGAUCAUUUCAACGUUCCUGCAUGUGCAUCCGUUCGGAGCCAGCAUCGAGUACAUCUGCUCCUACCUGCAGCGCCUGGACACUAAGAUCAACCCCAGCGAGGUGGAGGCUCUCCUCUCUCGGCUGCCCUGCACCUUCAGACAGGAGCUGACUGGAGUGGGAGCCAGUUUGGAGAAACGCUGGAACUUCUGUGGCUUCCAGGGCAUCAAGAGCACAUAGACGGCGCCGGCUGACACCUCCAGGACGUGAAGGGUGGACGACAGGCAGACGCGGCAGCGCAGACACUGUAGCAGCGGGAAGAGGCCCAGCGUCAAGCCCUCAGCUCUCACAGACUCAGGGCCGUGCCUCACUGCACAAGGACACACAGGAGUGAUUUCAGAUCAAGACAAAAUGUUAAAAAUAAACAUUUCAGGGACUCUGCGUAGGUGGAAGAGGCUUAAAAACUCUGUGUCGUCAUGGUAACAGGGAUAUUUGGAGUCCUCGGGAGCUUGAACUGAGUUCCUCUGUGUCUGCAGACUGUUUUUUGGCUCCCCGGGAGCUGCAGGAGACGUCACUGGAUUAAUUACCUAGUUUUGCUCACAGCUGGACGAUAUGCACUUCUUGAGCGUGCACAUGGCUCUGUGUGGCGUGGGACAGGUCUACAGGGCUAAUCGAGUGGGGGCGGGGGGGCAAUCAGGGUUUGCCUGAGCAUACCCUUUGACCUCCCUCUCUUUUUGCCAUUUGUAACAUAAAUCAAAAAUGGAUAUAUUUCUUCAUUUUCUGUAAAGGCCGUCAGCAGCUGAUUCACUUCUUGUAUGACACUGUAAAUGCCCGGAUGAUAUUUUUGAUUAUAAAAGACUUUUGAGUAUAGAAAAAAAAAAAAAAA